CACUUCUCCUAUCCUGGAUGCCGGGUGUCAUUCUCAGUAUCUGUUCCUAUUCUGUAUAUAUGGACUCUGCACAGUUCCACUUCUUCUGUCCUGGAUGACGGGUGUCAUUCUCAGUAUCUGUUCCUAUUCUGUAUGUAUGGACUGUGCACAGUCCCACUUCUCCUGUCCUGGAUGACGGGUGUCAUUCUCAGUAUCUGUUCCUAUUCUGUAUGGACUCUGCACAGUCCCACUUCUUCUGUCCUGGAUGCCGGGUGUCAUUCUCAGUAUCUGUUCCUAUUCUGUAUGUAUGGAAACUACAAGUUAUAUACCUGGAUGACAUUG